GAACCACGCGGCCAGGCUUCGUAUUCUCGUAUAUCUCGCAUCCCUUGCCCGAGGUAAAUCCGCCAUCUAGCCGAUCAAACUUUUCUGGAAGCAGCACAGUGUAAGCGUCCAUACAUCUGUACCAUCGAGCAGUGGCUGCUGUACUCAUUGGCUAUUUCCUCAUCUCUUCUAGUAUUCUCCUGUAGCUGCUAGGGACCGGGCAAGUCCCGAGAUCGUACAAAUGAGCGCCGUAGAGGCGGAUCGCGGGGUCAAACCGCAUAAACGACGUCCUCAUCGGAAAACGAGGUCGGGAUGUUUGACUUGCAAACGAAGAAAGACUAAGUGUGAUGAAGGUCGACCCUCCUGCGGGAAGUGUAUCCAUCAUGAACUCACCUGCGAGUAUGCCCCUUCGAAUGCUGCACCUGUGUCUCCAGCUACUUCUAUUGGCUUUGGUGCCGUAGCACCACUUAAUAUCCUAGAUCUAGAGCUGAUGCAUCAAUUUGUUACUUCAACAUGUCUCAAAAUCCACAACGAUCCAAAAAUGGCCAGAAUAUGGUCAAUCAAUGUCCCUGCACUCGGCUUCUCUCACGACUUCGUUAUGCACGGCAUUCUCGCCCUAGCUGCCCUCCACCUUGCAUACCUCAAGCCCGAAAUGAGAGACAGAUACCUCCCACAAGCAACCUUUCAUCACGAGGAGGGGCUUCGGAAAGCCACCCCUGCUCUUUCGCAACUGGAGGAGGGGAACACUUCCGCAGCCUACAUCUUCUCCGGUCUCACUCUUCUCUACACAUUCGCAAGCACCCUCGGCGACGCAGGUAUUUCAGAAUGGAUCGUCUUUUCGCGGCAAACUUACUCAAUUAUCCGAUACUCAAAUGAGAGACUGUUCGCCGGACCCCUUGGGCCCAUGUUCGCGGCCGGCGCGAAGCGUUCGGAGAUCCAGAAUCAGCUCGCAGACGAGGGCCUCGAGGUACCGCAAGCGGAACACCUGACUCAACUCCUCUCCAGAAUCUGUGAGACAACUGCAGAUGGCUGGAAACGAGAGGCUUAUAGACAGGCAAUAGACGAACUCCACAAGGCAUUCCGUGUGGUGUACAGCCAACCGCUGGAUACUCUGGAAGCAGCGGAUGUGUACAUCUGGGCGCACCGGAUCAGUGAUGAGUAUCUGGCUCUGUUAAAGGAACAGACUCAGGAGGCGUUGGUGAUUAUGGUUUUCUUUGCGGCCGUGCCGCAUCGGGUUGAUACGAAAAGGCAUUGGUUUCUAGAGGGCUUUAGCGUGCAUUUGAUGUCGAGGAUUUAUCCUUUGAUCAACGAGCAGCAUUUGCCGUGGAUUGAGUGGCCGCUGAGGGAGGUGGGGUGGGUCUCGGCUGGGGAGGUGAAGAUGUAGGCCGAUGCUUUGCAGGAAGGUGGAAGGACAUGAGUGGGAGCAUAGCUGCCGAGGGAAGAAGAUCGAGGUUACGAGGGCAAGCAAUUUGAAAACUUGGCGAUUGUGAUCUUCCCGUAGUGGAGUUCAAGGCGGUUUGCAAAGAUAUAGAGUAAGGAGCCUGGGAGUUAUG